AAGUUGCCAUGACAUUUGGACAAACAAGAUGUGUGAAGGUCAUUGGGAUUUGGCAAAAUACACACUUUCCUUCUAUCAUCCCUCAGAUAUACAAUUUCCUGUUCUACGAAAAUUUGAGGGCAUCGUCUGCAUUAAGCAACUAUGAGUUUGAAAGCGUUUUGUUCACGCCCAAUUCUUCACAACAACUGUCUACAACAUCGCAAUUUCGAGCCCCUGAAAGCAGUUGUAGGUCUUGAAAGAAGAGCACACUGCACUCUUCCAGUAAUAACAUCCAGAAUUGUUGAUAAAAGAGGAAAGUCUAGGCCAAGCAAUAAUAAACUACAAAUUGUAGCUGGGCUGCCGCUGGUGUCGAGCAUUCCCAUUGUGGGUCCCAUCGUCAAUUUCGUUGUAAAUCCUACUGUGUUCACUGUAAUUUAUGUGUUUGGCGCUAUCCGGUUCAUAUUAGGUUUCUCACGGACAACUUAUUCUGACACGGUUAUCAAUCGAUUUGGCCUGACAGCUAUGUGGCCAGUCUUGUUUUUGGCAUCGAAGUCAUUUCGUGAAAAUUUCAGGAAAGCUGUUACAAGCUAGACAGGAAUAUAUUUCAAUUAUGUGCUGAAAGUUGCUGUCAUUUAAAUGGAUCUUUCAUCAGGAGCCCAGACUGUUCUUCACUUUUUUCAUAGUUCUGCAAAUGUUAGCAUGCUGAAGUUGUUUAAGUGUUUUCUUUUUAAUACGGGAGUGAUGGAAAUUUGGUGGAAAUAGUCGUUGUGAUCAUAUUUUAUUAAAAAGCCAACAUGGUAACUGCUUGUAAACGUAUAUAAUAAUGCUUGUUUAAGGAGCAGAUCAAUAUCUCACAUUAAUUGGUGGGAUAUAUCUGCAGAUGAAAUUUUCUCAAGUGUCAGUAUUUUUAUGAUCACACACUCUCGCCCUCCUAUAAAUUCAUUUUCCUGUUA